UGGCUGCCUUGUGAAAUACGCUCAAGGUUUUAAUGACAGUUCUUUGUUGAAUCACGGAAUUUCAUAAAAAUUUUCCAAGCUGUAGUUUCCUAAUAUGUCAACGUCAUCAGCUCGAUUGACGAGACAGAAUGUUAGGAAAACGAGAAAAAAGAACUUAAAACGGACUGUUUUCUCACGUUCUAGUAAUCUAGGUCGUGAUUUAGAGUCUCAUAUCAUUUAUUCCCCACCUGGUGCCAGUACAAGUGGAAUCAAUUCUCCUCAUCAGUCACCUUAUGCCUUGAGAAGGAAACUUUCUCCACAGGAACCCAGUAGUCCAGGUUCUAGCAGUAAUGGUGUGUUGAGCUCAGAUUCAAUGUGUAAUCAUUCUUCUGCACCGCGGAAACGGCAAAAACGUGCGUUUUCCUCCUCCCAGUCAACGAUAGAUGAUACGGGUGAAGCAGCACAUUAUCUUUUGUAUGAGCUUCCAGAUGAAGUUCUGCUUACUAUUUUCUCUUACUUGUUGGAGCAAGACCUGUGCCGUGUAGCACAAGUUUGCAAGCGCUUCCAUAUCAUUAGUAGUGACACAGAACUUUGGAAAACAUUAUAUCAGAAUGUUUAUGAAUAUGAUCUUCCACUUUUCAAUCCUGAACCGAAGGUAUUUGAAUUUGCACAAGCUGAAGAUUGUAAAUAUGAAAAUCCAUGGAAAGAAAGCUUUAAGCAAUUGUACCGAGGUUUACAUGUGCGUCCUGGCUAUCAAGAACAGUACGACAACAAUCCAGAACAUUAUCGAGGGAGAAAUAUAACUUAUUUUGAUACCAUUGAGUCUGCAUUUAAUUAUUCAGAAGAGCUAGAAAAUCCUUUGAUCUUUAUACAUGCUGGUGUAUAUAAAGGAGAAUUUCUUAUAAUUGAUACCAAUGUAGCUAUGAUUGGUGCAGCUCCAGGGAAUGUAGCUGAAAAUGUUAUUUUGGAACGGGAUGCAGAGUCAACCAUAACAUUUGUUGAAGGUGCAAAGCAUGCAUAUUUAGGGCAUGUUACAUUAAAAUUCACACCAGAUAUAACAUCAUCUGUGCCACACCACAAACAUUACUGCUUAGAAGUGACUGAGAGCUGUUCUCCUGUAAUAGACCACUGCAUUAUAAGGAGUGCAUCAGUUGUUGGCGCAGCAGUAUGUGUAAGUGGAAAAGCAGCCGAACCAAGUAUCAAACAUUGUGAUAUAAGUGAUUGUGAGAAUGUGGGCUUGUAUAUUACUGAUUAUGCACAGGGAGUAUAUGAAGAAAAUGAAAUUAGCCGAAAUGCUCUAGCUGGAGUAUGGGUGAAGAAUCAAGCUAAUCCAAUCAUGCGACGAAAUCACAUUCAUCAUGGUCGUGAUGUUGGGGUUUUUACGUUUGAUAAUGGUUUGGGCUAUUUUGAAACAAAUGACAUUCACAACAACAGAAUUGCUGGCUUUGAAGUGAAAGCAGGAGCAAAUCCCACUGUUGUAAGAUGUGAAAUUCAUAAUGGUCAGACUGGAGGUAUAUAUGUGCAUGAAAAUGGAAGAGGUCAAUUUAUAGAAAACAAAAUUCAUUCAAACAACUUUGCGGGGGUCUGGAUAACAUCUCAUAGUAAUCCUACUAUUAGGCGAAAUGAAAUAUAUAAUGGCCAUCAAGGUGGUGUUUAUAUAUUUGGGGAAGGAAGAGGUUUAAUUGAACAUAAUAAUAUUUAUGGUAAUGCUUUGGCUGGUAUCCAGAUUCGGACUAAUAGUGAUCCUAUUGUACGAUAUAAUAAAAUCCAUCAUGGGCAGCAUGGCGGUAUUUAUGUACAUGAAAAAGGGCAGGGUUUGAUAGAAGAAAAUGAAGUCUAUGCAAACACACUAGCAGGUGUAUGGAUAACAACUGGAAGUAUUCCAGUUUUACGACGUAACAGAAUUCAUAGUGGAAAGCAGGUUGGAGUUUAUUUUUAUGAUAAUGGCCAUGGCAGAUUAGAAGAUAAUGAUAUUUUCAAUCAUCUGUAUUCUGGUGUACAAAUAAGAACGGGCAGCAAUCCAAUAAUAUGUCGAAAUAAAAUCUGGGGUGGUCAAAAUGGUGGAGUUCUGGUGUAUAAUGGUGGCUUAGGAAUUCUUGAACAAAAUGAAAUUUUUGACAAUGCUAUGGCUGGAGUUUGGAUAAAAACAGAUAGUAAUCCUACUCUCCGUAGAAACAAGAUAUAUGAUGGUCGGGAUGGAGGCGUAUGCAUCUUUAAUGGCGGCAAAGGAGUUUUAGAAGAAAAUGACAUAUUUCGAAAUGCUCAAGCUGGUGUUCUGAUCAGCACACAAAGUCACCCUGUAUUGAGGAGAAACAGAAUAUUUGAUGGACUUGCAGCUGGUGUAGAAAUCACUAACAAUGCCACAGCUACUCUAGAAUACAAUCAAAUCUUCAAUAAUAGGUUUGGUGGACUUUGUUUAGCAAGUGGUGUAAAUCCUAUCCUCAAAGGAAACCGAAUAUUUGAAAAUCACAAUGCUGUAGAAAAAGCUGUUAAUAGUGGCCAAUGUUUGUAUAAAAUUUCUAGUUAUACAAGUUUUCCAAUGCAUGAUUUCUACAGGUGUCGAACCUGUAACACCACAGAUAGGAAUGCCAUUUGCGUAAAUUGUAUAAAAACUUGCCAUGCAGGACAUGAUGUAGAAUUUAUAAGGCACGACAGAUUUUUUUGUGACUGCGGUGCCGGUACAUUGAGUAACCAAUGCCAACUUCAAGGUGAGCCCACACAAGACACGGACACUUUAUAUGAUUCUGCUGCACCCAUGGAAUCUCAUACUCUUAUGGUGAACUAAUAUUCCUACUGUGACUGAUAAGUGGAAUUUAUUGUUCUACCUUAUGGGGCCGUGAAGUCCAGCCUGGAUUACAAAUAUUGGUCUCUAGUCACAAUCAUGACCUUUGGGGGGGGGGGGGGUCAGUACUGCUUGGUGUCGCUAUUAUGAGCGAGGCCUAACUUUAGUAGUGAAACUAUUUUGCCAACAUGACUGCCAAGAGAAUGUCACUCAGACAGGACUCCGUGCCGCAUCGUCUCGCUCGUCCUCUUUUAUACAUCUUUAUAUUAUUACCAUUUCUGUUACAGUAGUAGACGAUUGAAUGGACACACAGAGAUGCUUGUUCUAGGUGAAAAUCAGGUAUCAGUUUAUAAAAUGUAGAUUUUUUUCACUGCAUUGUACAUAGUCACAUAUCAUGUCAAUAAAACUGUAUUUAAAGCAAAAUCACUGUAACUAACGAAAUUUUCCGAGUGAAAAUUAUAUGUUGAUGUCAUUUGUUUUUCUUUUAUAUUUAAAAUGUUAUAUACAUUUCUAUACUUAUUUUUUAUGAUGAGAGAAAAAAUUUUCUAAAACUUGUUUAUUAUAGUAUUAGUCUAGCAUGAGGAGCUUCUCUGUUUCACAUUUUUGUUUUGUUUGAUUACUUAUCAUGCCUGUGAAAUAUUGUAAUGUUCUGUGGAAAACGUAUUUUGAAAUGCAUUCUGCUUUACCUUUUAUGCGGUGUAGUUUUAGAAGCUUAUAUAGAAAGGGGUCUUAUAUAUAUAUAUUUAUAUUUAUUGUUUCGGUGAUUUUACUAUUGUAAAUAGGUUUUUCUGAGAUUUUGAAGGACAUUCUGUUUGUUACAUAACUGAAAAUUUUUUAUUUUCUGUUUUAAAUUUUCCCACCAAAUCUUAAAUUCAGAAAAUUUAAAACUUUGUACUGCAUUUUCGUUGUAAUCUUGUUGUAUCAUAGAUAACUUUGUACCAUAGGUAAAAAAUUCUUUGGUACAAAGAAUUAUUUAUCAG